AUGCUUAAACAUAAUAUCAAAGGGUUAUAUUGUUUUAUUGAUGAAGUACGAAAUUGUAAAAGUAAAGAAGAUGAAGAAAAAAAAGUGAUUGAAGAGAUAAUAAAAAUAAAAAAAAAGUUUAAUGAAAAAAAUUUAACAAAUUAUAAAAGGAAAAAAUAUAUAUGGAAAUUAUUAUAUUGUCAUAUAUUAGGAUAUGGUAUAUCUUUACCUUAUUUAAAUAUAAUCAAAUUAAUAUGUAGCCCUGAGUUUAGUGAUAAAUAUUGUGGAUACACAGCAUUAUCUUUAUUAGUUAAUGAUAAUAAUGAUAUUUUAAAUAUUAUGGUAAGUACUGUUAAAUUAGAUAUAAAAAAUUUUGAUGAAAAAAUAAUUUUUUUAGCAUUACAUUUUACAAGUCAUAAAAUAAAUGAAUUGUUAAUAGAAAAUAUAUAUAAUGAUAUAUUACAUAUUGUUAUAUCAAGUUAUAUAUAUAAACCUAAUAUUAGAAAAAAAGCUUUUUUAUGUCUAACCAAUAUAUAUAAAAAAAGACAUGAUUUAUUAUUUAAAAAUGAUUUAGAAAUCUUUAAGUUUCUCGAUCAAAAUAUAUCCGAAAUAAAUAUAUUUAAUGCUUAUUCAUAUUUAAAUUUAAUAUAUAUUAUAAUAUUGAUUUUUCAAAAAUAUCAAACUUUAUUUUUAUAUACAAAAAAAAAAGAAGAAAAAAAAAAAAAAAAAAAAAAUACAACUCGUAAUAAAAAUCAGAUUCCUAAUACUGUAGGAAUUAAACGAGAAGCUUGCAAAGAUGAAAAUAAUAAUUUAGAUCAAAAUAGUGACAAAGAAAUAAGUAACAUAUACACUAAUGGUGUAGAUAGCAGCAGUGCAGAGAGCAACAGUGCAGAGAGCAACAGUGCAGAGAGCAACAGUGCAGAGAGCAACAGUGCAGAGAGCAACAAUACAGAGAGUAACAGUAUAGAUAGCGACUACGUGAAUCAAAAUAAUUCGUCUUCUUACAAACGGCUUUCAAUAAAUAUAAAAAAUGAACUAAAAAAAAAAAAAGGAAUAUUAGAUUUGAUAAUUGACGAAAAUUUUACAUACACAGAUUUAAAAAGAGUCGAAAAAUUUGUAGAAAUUGAAUCUGAAAAUAUUAUAAAUAUUAAAGAAAUAAAUUUAUUUGAAAUAAAUAAAUAUGUAAAUAAAUAUAUUAAUUAUAUAAUAAAUAUAAUAUAUUUAAUACUAGAUGAUAAUUUAAAAAUUGAUCAGGGUUUUUAUUAUUCUCAAUUUCGAUAUCCAUUUUUGUUAAUUAAGUGUUUGCAUAUGAUUCGAUUAUAUGAUAUAGAUAAUUUAUCACAAAUUAUAAUAAAUAAAAUAAAUGAUAUUUUAUCUAAAAUAAUAAAUAAAACAUAUAAAAAAUUUAAAAGUCACCCAUCUUUUUGGAAUAUUAUAAAUAAUGUAGAAAAUUAUAAGAACCAUGUAAACAUCUCAACAAAUAAAAGUAAAUUUUCCAAUAACAUAAUAAAUAAAAAAAAAGAAAAAAAUAAAUUACCAAAAAUGGAUAAAAGUAUUGUAUAUAUUGAAUAUGCAAUACUAUAUGAAUGUUGUUCUAUAUAUAAAUUUUUGGAUAAAAAAAUAGAUGAAAAAAAUAAAGAAAUGCUAAUAAAUUUGGUUAUAUCAUCACUUAAUACUAACAAGUCAAAUAUAAAUUAUAUAGUACUUAAUUGUUUAUCUCAAUUUAAAAUAACACCAUAUAUUUAUAAUAAAUUAGAGAAACACAUUUCAUAUUUAAUUAAGCUAUUAAAAAGCGAUGAUAUAACAAUCAAGUUACAAGCUUUUAAUAUUUUAUUUAAUUUAUGUAAUGCUUCAAAUUGGAAAUAUUUAAUAAAUAUAUUUUUACAGCAUUUACCAUAUGUUGAUCCAUAUAUACAAAAUGAAAUUAUUAUAAAAAUAUGCAUUUUGGCAGAACAAUUUUCAUCAAACAUGGCAUGGUAUAUUGAUAUUAUAUUUAAAAUUAUUGAAACUACACACAAACAUAUUUUUAAAGAUGUCUGUUAUAGAUUAGUUCAGUUAUUAACAGGAUUUGCCAAAAAUAAAAAAAACACUUUAUUAUAUAAAAAUGGAAAGUCAGACAACACAAUCAAUACUAAAAAUAAUAAUACCCCAAAAAAUAUGAACAAUAAAAAUACUAAAAUAGAUAAUAAUGAUAAUGAUGAAGAAAAAAAAAUUCAAAUGUAUGCUGCUAUAAAAUCUUAUAGAUAUUUAUCUAAAAAUAUAUGCAAAAUAGAACUACUUAUAGAUUUAUGUUCUUAUAUUAUUGGUUCAUUUGGAUAUUUAAUAAAAAAUAAAAUACCAAUGAAAAGCCAAUUUAAAAUAUUAGAAAAAUAUUUUAACUAUACUACAAUAAAUAAUAAAUCUGUUAUUUUACUUGCCUUUAUGAAAAUGUUAUUUUAUGAUCAUAAGUUAAUUUCUAAUGUUAAAAAAAUUUUAUCUGAUAUUAUUGAUCAUCCAAAUUUAGAAUUACAAACAAGAGCAUGUGAAUUUAUGAAUCUUUGCAAUAUUGGAAAUUUUAAUUUAAUCAAUUCUGUCCUUAAAACUAUGCCAUUAUACAAUACCAAAAAAAUUCAAAAAAAUUUUCUCAUUAAGCGCCUCCUCGAGACUAACAAACAUGCCAACAUAUACUUGCUCGAAAAUGAUGCCCAACUAACAAGCGAAAGGGUUAAUAAUAAAAACAAAUCUGACAAAUAUGACAAAUAUAACAAGUUUGAUGAAGAAGAAGAUAAAGUAAGCAACUAUUCUAGGGAUCAAAUUGAUUCUAAUUUAUCAUAUGAAAGUUAUAGUAAAAGAAAAUCUCAAAGUGCAUCUUCCGAUUCUGGUUCUGGAUCCGGUUCUGCAUCUGGUUCUGCAUCUGGUUCCGCAUCUGGUUCCGCAUCUGGUUCUGCAUCUGGUUCUUCUUCUGGAGAUUCAAAUAAAUUACAUGACGACUUAAGUAGCAAAUCCAAAACAAGUGAUAAAGAUUCAGAUGAUAAUGGAAAUUUAUUUAAAAUGUUAGGAUUACAAAAAGCAAACAAUAUAAAUGAAUUAUGGUUAAAUGGUUGUUUAUUAGAUAAGUCCUUAUUUUAUAAAAAUUCAAUUGUUUCAAUUUUAAUUAAACAAAGGUACCAAGAAAAUAAAGCUAUUCUUAAUUUUUAUAUCAAGAACAUUUCUAAGGGUCCGAUCAAGAUUGUUAGCAUUAACAUUGAGGAGCCUGAACAAAUAAAAAUCAAAGAACAAAAAAAUAUAAAUAACGAAAUAAUUAAUGCAGAUGAAGUAUGUGAAUAUAAAUUAAAUGUUACAGUUUCUGAUAUUUUUUAUGUUAUUCCUAUUAUAUUUUUCAAUUUAACGAUACCAACAUCUCCGAACAUAAUUUUUUCCUCCAAGCUGCCAAUUCUAAUUACCCGAUUUAUCAAAGAAAGCAAAAUUAAUGAAACAUCUUUUAAAAUAUAUUGGAAAGGGUUUACACAAAUUCAUAGUGAAGAUAUUGUGAUGGGCUUUCCAAAACAUUCCAAGAAAAUUCUCAUCAAUUAUUUGACUAGCGCUUUUAACUUGUACGUUUUAAAGAUCGGAACGCAUAUAUGCGCAUCUGGAUCCAUACAAUUUCCAGCAACAAACGUAGACAAUAAGAUUUUGAUUUUAGUUAAAAUUCGAUACGAAGCAAGAGGAUGUCAAAUAUCCGUUAUUUCAACCAUAAAACCCUUAAAUAAUUAUCUAAAUAAAAUAUUUGAAAUUUAUCUUAUAAAAAACAAAUAA